AUGGAUGAUCAAAGCUCUUCCUUCUCUCCUGCAGCAUCCAGAGACUCAUCUAAUUUGUUGGCACAUGAAGCUGCAUUUGCAUUGGGUCAGAUGCAAGAUGCUGAAGCUAUUCCUGCUCUAGAGUCGGUUCUUAAUGAUAUGUCUUUGCAUCCAAUCGCAGCAGAAGCUCUUGGAGCCAUUGGUUUAGCUGGUAACGCUGACAUUUUGAAGAAAAGCUUGAUCUCGGAUCCUGCUCAGGAGGUUAGGGAGACAUGUGAGCUAGCUCUCAAAAGGAUUGAAGAUUUGAGCAAUGUCGAUGACGAGAGCAAGUCAUCCUCCACGGAGAAAUCACCUUACAUGUCUGUUGACCCGGCUGCUCCUGCUGCUGCUUUCUCUUCUGUCCACGAAAUGAGGCAAAUUCUUCUGGAUGAAACAAAAGGCAUGUAUGAGAGAUAUGCUGCACUUUUCGCUCUGAGGAAUCAUGGUGGAGAGGAAGCUGUUUCCGCCAUAGUUGAUUCCUUGAGUGCUGAAAGUGCCCUUCUACGUCACGAGGUUGCUUAUGUCUUGGGGCAAUUACAAAACAAAGCUGCUUUAGCUACUCUAAGCAAAAUACUGAGAGAUGUGAAUGAGCACCCAAUGGUUAGACACGAGGCUGCAGAAGCGCUUGGUUCUAUUGCAGAUGAGCAGAGCAUCGCAUUGCUACAGGAGUUCUCAAGGGACCCUGAGCCUAUUGUUUCACAAAGCUGUGAAGUUGCAUUGAGCAUGCUGGAAUUUGAAAAUUCCGGCAAAUCGUUCGAGUUCUUUUUCACUCAAGACCCUCUUGUUCACUAA